AUGUUUCGAAAGAUUUCUGAUUUUUACUCCUUAUCUUCUUUCCUUGCAGAUUUGCUACCACCAUUCCUUGCGCGUAUCUCUCUAGUGGAGCUUAUCAUCGCCAUUGCUAUUGUUGUUCUAAUCAUAGCUGUGAUGUUCGCCAUUGUCGUAGUCUGCAGAUGCUUGAGAUUAAAGAGUGAAGAUGUGAAAUACGGUGAACAUGUGCACUCUGUUCCCCAUGUGCGUAAUCCUCACAUGGUUCCUCCAGUGGUAACAGCUCCACCACCUUUGCCUCCACGAGCUUUUCGCAGUGGAAAUCAGAUGAUUUCAAAUCUCGAACAAGCACAACUUACAGGACUUCCAACAGUGCAGGUGCGCCCACUUCCGCAACGUGAACAGUUUUCGUCAAGUGGGCGGGGUGAUUCGCGUUCUCCUUCACUUGUUGGUUCUGGGAAGCAGUGGAAGCGCGCAGUGGAUUACGGUAGUGCGGCAGAUGACCUUGAUGAUUCUGGACGUGAUUUGCACGACACGGGUGCACUCGAGGCGUUACGUCGGUUCGGAUUUCGAAUUUCCGAUGAGGGCGACUCUCCUAGUGGGAACAGUAAUCGUGCCCGAGCCUAUGGACGGUGUUCUGUUCUUACUAAAGAUGCUCUUUCUUCAAUUAAUCAAGAGAGGACUCCUUUGGCGGAUUCGAUUCAAUGCCUGCCAACGACGGAGGAAGAUGAAGGUGGUGAGAAGUGGGGUGACGGAGUCGAUCGCAUCGGCGCUGCUAUACAAACGGAAAGGUUGAGGAUUGAGUCAUUAACUGGUCGUGUGAAGGUUGGAAAAACAGUGUUGAGUCCAGUAGUCAACGAUGACGACUACAUGACGAUGCGACCUCGUCGGAAUAUCACCACCUCGAAUGAGUCGCAGCGUCAACCUCUUUUAGAUAACGGUGACGAUAGCGACGGUCUAGAUGAAUUUCUAUCCAGUAGUGCUCCUCCGCCACCUAGUCAUAAGAAUAUUUUCAACUCUCGGGUUUACGACGAUCCUCCGGAUCGAGGAGGCGAUACGGUUUCAUUUGAUACUUCUGCCGCAAUUUGCGACAUCGAUGCUAGUGAUGCUGAAGACUUGCCUGUCGAUUCUGUAUUAUGA